AUGGCACCGCAGUACUCUGAUGACGACACGCUCAGGCUCGACACCAUUUCUCUCACUAGGCGGCUCCCCAAACUCAAGGAAGUUGGGGUGUGUGUUGGCAACCCGGCCUAUCUUGGAGGAGACGAGCCAGACGAGACAGACGACCUCCAUUACUUUGUUACUUGA